GCUGCGCUCUCACUCAGUUGGGCUGGUGCUGCUAGGGGGCCCAGACCUGGGUGGAUCUCCUUCCUAUUAUUUCGGGAGUCUGCUGAGUUAGAGAAGAGUAAGUUCUACCCCGAUCUGCAGAAUACCACUCCAAGGGGGUAACCGACUAGCAGGAGUUUCUGAUUGGAAGUUCAGCUACAGAAGCGCUUUUGUCCUGACGGGACUUUUUCUCAAGUGACACAACUAGCCCGGCCAGCCAAACUCGCCGGCAGUCCCAGCAGGUGUCCCCAGAUCUUCCGCCACUCUCAAACAGGGGGCGGGAGGAGGGGGCGGGAUUGGCAACGAGCCUCAGUAGGUGCCUGCUGCCUGCAGGAGUUGCCUAGCCUCCUGGGACAGAACAGGACCGAACCGUGGCGUGAUGGAGGCAGCCAGCCAGCCAGAGGAGAUCCAUCGGCUUCGUUCCCUCUUCUACGCUUGCGAUGCGAAUCGCUCUGGACGUAUCGAACGCGAAGAGUUCAGUGCCUUAUGUGCUGAGCUGAAGGUCCGGCCCGAAGAGGCCGAAGCGAUUUUUCAGCGCUUGGACGCUGACUGCGACGGGGCGAUUACCUUCCAGGAGUUCGCCAGGGGCUUCCAAGGGGCCAGCCGGCGGCGGCGGCGGCGGCAGAGCUGGGGCGAGCGUCCGCCGCAACUGGAGCUGGCACAGGUUGCACCUGCGGUGGACACGGACAAGGAAGACGAUGAGGGAGAGGCAGCCGUUCUGACUGCUCCUUGGGGCAUGGAGAGCUUGGGACAAGCGUGGCAAGACUUCCAAGUCCGGCUCGGGGAGGAAGCCAAGUUCAUCCCUAGAAAAGAACAAGUUAGCAUUCUGUAUCAGAACAUCAACAUUUUGGAGCCAAGAUUAAUUCAACCUUAUGAACAUGUUAUCAAGAACUUUAUUCGAGAGAUCAGACUUCAGAGCACUGAGAUAGAAAACCUGGCUAUCGCAGUGAAAAGAGCCCAGGACAAAGCAGCCAUCCAGUUGAGUGAGCUAGAAGAAGAGAUGGACCAGAGGAUCCAAGCCACAGAACAUAAAACAAGGAAAGAUGAAAAACGAAAAGCUGAAGAGGCACUAAAUGAUCUCAAACGUCAGUAUGAAGUAGAAGUAGGAGAUCUUCAGGUGACCAUCAAAAAACUCAAAAAGCUCGAAGAACAAUCAAAGACCUUAAGUCAGAAAGAAGAUGUGGCUGCAUUAAAGAAAAGAAUUUAUGAUUUGUCAACAGAAAAUCAGAAAGUUAAAAAAGAUCUCUUAGAAGCACAAACAAAUAUAGCCUUUCUUCAGAGUGAAUUAGAUGCCUUGAAAAGUGACUAUGCUGAUCAAAGUCUGAAUUCAGAAAGGGACCAGGAAAUAAUCAGAGAAUAUACUGAAGAUAGAGAUUGCCUUGAGAGGCAAAUUGAAAUGCUUCAAACAGCCAACAGAAAACUACAUGACAGUAAUGAUGGAUUAAGAAGUGCACUGGAAAACACCUUUAGUAAAUACAACAACAGAUCCUUGCGUAUCCAUAAUAUUUCGCCAGGAAGCACGCUUUCUAGAGGCAGUCUCAAAUUUAAUGGCAAUCAUUCACCUCAGAAUUUGCGGUAUGACCGAUCAUCACGUUCUUCCUACGUGGAUGAGGAUUGUGAUUCAUUAGCCCUUUGCGAUCCAAUGCAAAGGAUAAGCUGUGAGGUUGAUAGCCUGCCUGAGAGUUGCUUUGACAGUGGUCUGUCGACUUUGAGAGAUGCUAAUGAAUAUGAUUUUGAGGUGGAAGACAAGCAUCAAAGGAGUUUUCAAAGGUCACAGUGCACACAGGAGAGCUUUGGGGGUGAUGCGUCUGAUACAGAUGUUCCAGAGAUACGAGAUGAAGAGGCUUAUGGUUCUGACAAUAACAGUACAAUACUAGACUGGAAAUCCUCAGAAUCUGUUGUUGAAGGGAACUUUGGUACUUCUAUAAGAAAGCCCAUAUCAGCUCUCUCACCGCAGGCAAACUUAGCUGAUGACAGCCAAAAAUAUCCUAGCUCAGAAAAGGCAUAUAAAAUUGUUCUUGCUGGAGAUGCUGCUGUGGGGAAGUCUAGUUUUCUUAUGAGGCUUUGUAAGAAUGAAUUUCGAGGAAACACCGGGGCCACUCUAGGAGUUGAUUUUCAAAUGAAGACACUUAUUGUGGAUGGAGAACCUACAGUAUUACAGCUCUGGGAUACAGCUGGUCAAGAGAGAUUCCGAAGUAUAGCAAAAUCCUACUUUAGAAAAGCAGAUGGUGUGCUGCUGUUAUAUGAUGUGACCUGUGAGCAAAGCUUCCUAAAUGUACGAGAAUGGGUAGAUACUAUCCAGGAUGCAGCCCAUGAAACAAUUCCAAUUAUGAUGGUGGGAAAUAAGGCAGAUCUUUGUGAAACAGCUUUGGCCCAGGGACAGAAGUGUGUGCCAAAACAUUUUGGAGAAAAACUGGCCAUGACCUAUGGUGCCUUAUUCUGUGAAACAAGUGCUAAAGAAGGUUCCAAUGUUGUGGAAGCUGUUCUUCAUUUGGCACGGGAAGUGAGAAAAAGAGCUGAUGAUGAUGACAGCAAAUCAAUCACCAACUUGAGUGGUCCAAGUGCAAAAAAGUCAACACAGAUGAAGAAUUGCUGUAAUGGUUAAAUCAGAAAAUUUUGGACCUAUGAAAUCUUAUUUUUGAACAUCAUUGUUAUCAUGAGCAAUGGCAUGGCAUAUACAGCUGACAGCUAGAAUAUGGAUAUUUACAUAACAUAGGUCCUUUAUACAGUGGUGUAUUUCAUCUCAUUGUGGAGCCUCUGCUCACUCUGCCCCCUUUUCUCAUGUGAUUAUGGGAAUUCAAAAAUUGAUUUCUCUGUACACUUUUUGGACAUCAGGCAUUCUGUAGUCAAGUUCUAAUACAAUUUUACUAGAUAAACUAUUUUUCAAAAAAGACUAAGUAGCAUUACUUUCCUAUCAGAACUAGCAAAGAAACUAUUUAAAUCGAUUUUUAAUAUAAUAAUUUUUUUCCGUUACUUCCAACAAUAUUUAUCUGACAUAUUUAAAUAGUUGAUGUAGUGGAAAUAACCCUGGUCUGGGAAUCAGAUUUGUGAUCCUGCUACUACCUUUAAGACACUUAGCUGUUACUUAAUAUGUUGGUACCUCAGUUUCCUUAUUUAGUAAAAAAAAAAUGACAGUGCUGGUCUAAAUAAUCUCCAACUCCAUAUACCUGUGACUUCAUGAUUUGAAGUAAAGAAAGAUUUAUCAUACCUAUAUUCUUUAGAACCAAUAUAACUUCUAGUUAUAUUACAAAGGUUCCAGCAACUCAUUAUUUUGAUAUAGCAAGAGUAUUAUUUUCUCACUGUUAAGAAUAAAGAGAAGUAUUUAUUAAAAGUUAAAAGUGAUUGAUAGAUUAGUCUCGGACUAUGCUAUUAAUUGAAAUAUCAAUUUUUUAAAAAAGCAAUGGAUUUUUUAAAAAAGAGCAAACAUUUUGAUUCAUGGGAACUAUUUCUGUAGAGGAAGAUUUUCUGGACGUCACUCUGCACUUUAAAAAAAUUGAAAGUGUUGUAGAAAAAACCUUUGUGUUGGUAGAUUGAACUUAUAUUAAGCUUAUUAGAAAUUUUGAAUAGUUUCAUAAAAAUCCCUCAUGAAAAUUUAAAUACCCCAAUUUUAGUAUUAUUUAUAUUCAUUUUAUUAGAUACAAUAGAUAUUUAAAGAUAUCUAAAUUUUUUCAGGGUUUUAAAAUUGGUUCAUAACAACAUGUCUUAUUUUAAAAUAUAGAGAAGUGGCUAAAAAUCUUUUUGACAUUGUGAGUAUAUAUGAAUUGUAAUAAUUCUUAUAUCCAUUCUAGAAAACCAUAAGAGCACAUGUCUUUUCUUUAGAAAUGAAUAUAGCUUUCAGGGUUUUUGUGUGUGUGUGUGUUUUGUUUUUUUUUUUUUUUUUUUUGAUGUUUAUGAGAGGAAAUAGGACAACUCUCAAUAUGAGAACCAUGGUGUUGUGGAGAAAACACAUCCAAUCUUAUGGUAAAUAUGGUUGAAUAAGGUGGUUUGGGGAUUUUCUUUACAAUUAAUUUGAAAAAUCUUUACAUUUAUAGGACUCAUCUAUUUAUAGAGUUCAACUUGGACAUUUAAAAAGGGAAACUAGGUCUUCAUCUCAGUUAUUUAUUAAAUAGAGCUGAAUUUACUUAUUUUUGGAAAGAUCUUGACUUAAGUAGAUUCAAGGCUUGUGGAGAAAAUUAAAAGGAAAACUGUUAUCAUUAACAAGAAAUUUGGUUUAUUAACUAAGAGUUAAUAAUAAGCUCUGAUUUAACUCUGAUGCAGUAUAAGAUUAUUUUUAAUUUUAAUGUACUGUUAUGGGUUUAGUUCUUAAAAAAUGAGUCUACUUUUGAUAAUGGUGCAUCAGCAUAAGAGCAAAUUUUUGGCCAAAUAAGAUGUCUUAUCUGUGUCAUACUGUCUUUAAUUUAUGUAUAGAUGUCUUAGUUCUUUUUGAUUUUAUUUUUCACUAGUCUAGUCAAGCCAAGAUGUUGCUGCUAUCCUUUUGCCCUCCAAUGGUAUGACUUAUUUCUGACGAUGUUUGAACUACUGAUGGAAUGCAGGUGAUGUAAAUAAAAUGACUUAGAAUUUUUGCAUAUCAUUGGGAUGUUCAUCAUCCCAAACUGUGUGAUGUAAUACACCUUAUUUUAUGGCGCCUAUUUAUUUCCAAGGGAAUGUCUCUUCAUACUUGUCUAAUAGUCUGUAAAUAAGAUUGUAUUUAUUAGAAGUAUUUACUCUCUUGUUUUUUUUUUUUUUUUUUUGUAAAGUCAUCUUACUCAUUCAUUAUUAGCAAAAGUAAAAUAUGGCCACAGGGCUAAAUGAACAACUUGAUUCAAAGUGGAGUUAGGUGAAAAAUUCUAAUAACAUGAUCAGAUUGUGAAACAACAUCUAGAAGUUAAUUCUGUUGAAAUAUGACAAAUCUACCAACAAUUCUGUUUCCACAAAUAUAGGGAUCAGUAUAAGGAUGUAGAUUUGACCAAAAGUAAAUGAACUUAAGUUGUUUUUACCCUUAAUAACAUAUUUGUUUAAGGCUUUAAACAUAAGACACAAAGUUGUACUUAAUAAACUUAUCCUUAUCUCCUUAGUUCUUUUUGCAAAUACAUACCUGAAUCUACAAACUUCACAUCAAUUUUAUACUAUAUCCUUUUUUAAAAUCAUGAAUCCUGGCAUUUGAAUAGGAAAAUGCCUUAUAAGGCAUCAUAUUUUUCCAUUUUUCCAUCAUAAUUUUUACCUUUAUUUUUUCACAAAAUGCAUUUUUCUUCUCAUUUAAUACUUAAUGUGAUUUGUAUCAACCUAAUUCCCAGCCUUACUUUUGCAAAUAAAGUUUAAAAUAAAAGAUUUAUUUUCAUAUUUGUACAGUGAUCAGCUUUAGUAAUGACUAUAUUUUAUAUAUGAGUGUACAUAUGUAUGUAAGAAAUAUUCUAUGUCUAUAUGAAGUAGGUCUCAGAGUGUGGAGUCAUAAUUUUAUGUUUCUGGUUUCUGUGGUUUAUAUUUUUAAGGUAUGGAUUGAACUUCCUUCAUUUUUACUUUUCUUCAGAACAUUCAUAAUUAUGCCAUAAAAUAUACUUUUAUAUCAUUUCUUAUCUCUGUGGAGCCAUAGAUGUGUUGUAUGUAUUGCAAAUUUAAUAAAAUGUGCUUUAAUUAGC